AUGCAUCAUCCCGAACUGCAAGGUCUACGAACACAACUUCGCCAGAUUCAUGCCGCGAUGGUUGCCUUCGGAACUGCUCCGCUCUCAGCGAAACCACCAAUCCUCGACUCUUCGAUAGAUCUUAAUGGUGAGACAAACGAGGAAUUUCACUCCCAUCGAGAUGCGGUGCAUGGGUUGCGCGCGUUGAGAGAUGCUGUCAAGCGUGACCUAGAUGUCUUGGAGAAGUUCCUGGACGAUUCUGCAUGCGCUACUGCUCCCUCUUUGUCAACCAACGCCCCCUACUUGAUAUCGGUUUGGAACGAAGUACUGUACGCACCUCCACCGAUCGUGACGAUUUGGCGGACAUUCCUCGAAGAGGACAAGCCCGCUCACGUCCCGCGCCGUGGCUCGCAUAAACCUCCAGGCGUGAAGGUGGAUAUCGUUGCAGAUGGCGGCAGACGUUGGAUUCGAGUCAAUACCACUAAAAACUCGCGCCUGCUUGCCGAAUUCAGGGAGAUUGAUUCCUACCUGACAGAUUCCGAGGACGAAGACGGAGAGGGUGAACGCCCGAGCCUUGCACAGAAGACUUUCGACAACUCGAUACUUCGAGUUGGUCGUUCUCUCCUCGAUGCCGCGCGGCGAAACCCACUGGCGGGCACCUCCACUAUUCCAAGCAUCACACUACGCUUCACGCGACUCAAUAUGACCCCAACCGAUGCAAGAGAAUAUGACCCUCGAAUAGCACGUACAGUCGACCUCCUGCGCGACAUGGGCAUCGACGUCGAGCUGGGAGAGCGCGAUCCCGCGCAGCUACCCCGUGUCGUGGCUCCCCCCGUCCGCCACCUCGAGCCGACGGUCCGCGUCAAUUUGGACUUGUCUAUCCUGAUUGCACUAGUGUCCGACAUCACCCAUUCACCCCUCCCGACUUCCCCAGCGGAGGCCGACGCGCGAUACGUCCCCUCUGCCCAGUACCGCGAGUGGAAGCGCAAGCGGCUGGAAGCGACGAAAGGCCCUGUUGAGGGGAUAGACGUAGACGAGAGCCGCCUGGGCGAAACCGGCCUAGGGGCGCAUUCGCGCGCCCUCGCGAACCAAGCCCUCCAAGAGAUGGGACGCGGACUGCUGCAAGAGCUGCGAGACCGCCUCAACGCCUUGGCCUCGCCGGGGCUCGAGAACGUGGAGUUCUGGACGACGCCCGAGGCGCGCGACCGCUGUCUACGCAUCGUCCUGUCCAAGAUCGGCGGCCCGAACGAGAGGCGUCGCGUCGCGGCGCUCUUCCCUGCUGCUGGCGUGCCACUUUCCGAAGCGCAAGACAGGUACUGGGAGGACUCGCGCUCCCCGCACGCGUUUCUCCCGCUCAUCCCCGUCCGCGUUUUCGAGGCGCCGGUGCCGGACGACACGCUGGAGCCGCCGUCUUUGUCGGACGAUGGCAGGCCCCUCUCUCCGUUCUUCAAGCUCCUCACUCGGACCUGCCGCGACAUCCUCGCACAAGAAACCAUCGCCGAUCCGCGAACCACGCCCUCCUCUAGAGCCUCCUCGCCUCCCACGAGCCCACCUAGUCACGAACGCGGCGACGACCAUCAGUGCGGCGAGUCUGCAUCGACACCAGCGCCAGAAAGCGCCGACUUGGCCGAGGAGACGAUCGAGCGCGCGGUGGUCACGAAGGCGAACCCACGUCUCACGGCGCACACUGUGCAGAGCAUGCUUUGGGGCGCCGCGCGGGGCUGGACGACGCUGACUGCAAACAAGUCGAGCGUCAAGGCGAUCCUCCGGGAUAUCCGCGCUGCUGAAGGUGGGUACGGAUGGAGCCACGGGCGCGACGAGCAUGGGCAGGUAGAAGGUGCAAAUGCCGAGGGAGACAGUGUGGAGGGCGACGGUGCUGGAGCGGUAGUGGAGAAAGCAGCGAUAUGGGUCGUCGAUCCGAGGAGCCUGGCGGAGGGCAUGAGAUCAGACUGUACGACAUCGUAG